AGUAAGCCCUGGGAAGCCUGAAGCACCUGGAGUGUGGAGAAAGUCAGGCAGGGCAGGGUCUGCUGAGAUCAGGGCAAAGAGGAGAGAAAUCUCAGCGGCCCUGUGCCAAUCACUUCCUUUAUAUGAGCCUCAGUGUCCUCAUCUGUGAAAUGCAAAUAUUAGCUAGAAAAUGCCACAGGUCCUUUCCCAGUAUGAACCUUACCAGUCCAUAAACUAUCAGGUGAUCAAAGAGCUGACCUGAGAAUUAAUUAUUCAAGUUAUCACGAGCAUCCUGCACCCGCAGUUGACUCCACCCCAGAUUGAGCAAUCUAAUCCACCACUCACUUCCUCCACUCUGUUCUCAUCACCACCGCCCUUGCAGUCAGGCACAUCUGCUCUCCUGGAGAUAUCCCACAGGUGAAAAGCCCAGAGUCCUGGCCACAGAAUGGAUGACUCAAAUACAGACAGCUUGUACUGGGGCAAUUUCGCCUGGGAUGAGGACGACGCUUAUAACUACACUUAUAACUACACUGACUUGUUACCCCUUCCCGGAACUGCCCCAUGCCGACCAGAAUCUCUGGAUAUCAACAAGUACGCUGUGGUUGCCAUCUAUGCCCUGGUCUUCCUGCUGAGCCUGCUGGGAAACUCUCUGGUGAUGCUGGUUGUCUUAUACAACCGAAUCAGCCGCUCUGUCACUGACAUCUACCUGCUGAACCUGGCCCUGGCUGACCUGCUCUUCGCCCUGACCUUGCCUUUCUGGGCUGCCUACAAGACAACGGGCUGGAUCUUUGGCACAACCAUGUGCAGAGUGGUCUCACUCCUGAAGGAAGUCAACUUCUACAGUGGUAUUCUACUGCUGGCCUGUAUCAGCGUGGACCGCUACCUGGCCAUUGUGCAUGCCACACGCACACUGACUCAGAAGCGGCACUGGGUCAAGUUCAUAUGCUUAGGCAUCUGGACACUAUCUCUGAUCCUGUCCCUGCCCAUCUUUGUCUUCCGCAAGACCGUCUACCCACCUGAUUCAGGCCCAGUCUGCUACGAGGAUAUGGGUGCCAACACAACCAAAUGGCGCAUGGUGAUGCGGAUCCUGCCCCAGACCUUUGGCUUCCUCCUGCCCCUGCUGGUCAUGCUGUUCUGCUACGGCUUCACCCUGAGCACGCUCUUUCAGGCCCACAUGGGGCAGAAGCACCGGGCCAUGCGGGUCAUCUUUGCUGUCGUGCUCGUCUUCCUGCUCUGCUGGCUGCCCUACAAUCUGGUCCUGGUGACAGACACCCUCAUGAGGCUCCGGGUCAUCGAGGAGACCUGUCAACGCCGAAAUGACAUCGGCCGAGCCCUGGAUGCCACCGAGAUCCUGGGCUUCCUCCACAGCUGCCUCAAUCCCCUCAUCUAUGCCUUCAUUGGCCAGAAGUUUCGCCAUGGACUCCUCAGGAUCAUGGCCACCCAUGGGCUGAUCAGCAAGGAAUUCCUGGCCAAGGAGGGCAAGCCUUCCUUUGUUGGCUCUUCUUCAGGGAACACUUCUACUACCAUCUAAGACCCCCACCCCUGUUGCAGCCCCACAGGGCUCCUUCCCGCCUGUCAACACAGCACCCAAGACUCAUGUCUAUUGGCUAUUCACAGUCUCUGUGUCAGGACAGCCCCCACUGAGGUCACAGGAAGUUGCUGAGGCCUCAGCCUUACCAGGCCCUGUUGCAUGGUUGAGAAAGCCUGCCCUGAAGCCUCGCCCUUCACUGUAAUUACUAUGUCAUCUGCGAGAGCUCUGUCCAUCCUACCACUGAGCCAUAGCACUCUGUCCUCAGAGACAUUUCAAAGACAUGCUUUGAAAUGAGUUCAAGAAGUUCCCAGCCUUGGGAACCACCAGUGGCAAACACCACAGCUAUUUCCCCAGCUCCCCCUUUCCUAGCCUGCUAGCAAAGUCUGCUUCCCUUGAGAGAGGCUGAAAAUGAUAUAUACCUCCACGAGUUCUUUAAGCUAGGAGUGGCCAUAUUCUCCAGUUCUGACUAGGAAGACUUACAGGCAAGUGUGUGCUGGUGAACCAAUCUCCUAGGGGAAAACAUGUCUUGUAUGUAGUGUUCACCGAGUUCCGUGUUACAACUGCUCCCACCAUGGCAAUUUCAAGGGCAGUGGUAUUUAACAACCAGCUCACAGAAUUCUAGAAAAUGUAAUAAUCUGUUUUCAUAAGCAGGUACAAACUGGCUUCUGUGAAACAUUGCAUAAAAGGAGCCUGCUGGGGCCAGGGAACUCCUGGGAAAUAUUCCUGAUUAAAAAAGAGAGGAACACACACUCCCACAUCCUUGGGUCUUGUGUUUGAAUGUGGAUAUAGGAUAUGAUAUGUGGUACUGAGGCAGCAAUUUUGUGACAAUGAG